AUGGAAAAAACUUGGUAUUGCGUCGGUCCCCAUUCGACGUCGAACUCACGUAAAAGCCGAGGCGGGACCGGCUGCUCGUGUAAUAGUGUGCUCGCCAUUGAUCCCGACAAAGUAGGAGCCGUGAAUGAUUUUUGUCAAGCAAGUACGGCAGAGGAGAAGGGCCUCGUCGCGAACCAAGUCAGCAUAAGGCUGUUCCGAAUGUCAUGCUCUUGUGUUCGCUGCGUGUGUACCUGAUCUGGAAGCCGCUUCAAGGCACGGCGAGUGUGAAGCACCUGUCCUGUGCUAUGUAAUUGGCGCAGUAAUCGGCGCGGGUUUUGCGGGAAAUGAAGGCGGUACGAUCUGUUUUUUGCCGAUCGUUAGGCCUUGUGGGUGCGGCCAAAACGGGUCUCCGUGAAGUGGUGACGCGAGAGAAAUAAUCGUGCCGGCACAUAUUCGCGUGACCUCUUUAGAGAAGUAAGCUCGUUCCGAAAGUAGUUGUUGGAAACUACAGCAUGUUGAUGCUGUUUUAGGAUGCGUUUUGGCUGCAUGCAUGUGCUCCGUCUCAGGGUGUGGGGGAUGAUGAUGAUGCGUUCGUAACAUUCGUGCGAUUUUUACACUUGGUGUUUUUGUCAAAGAAAUCUGCCCUUUAUGAGAGUUAUUACCAAGCACAUAUGUGCAUGCGCCGAUUGUGCGAUGAACUCACACUGGAACGCAUACACACCGGAGGUGCAAUG